AAACUGCUAGGGUUGAUUCACUUUUGAUUUUGAGUUCGUUCAAUGAUUUUUUUCUUAAAAAAAGGUUGGUUGGUACUGGCCAGGACCACUGGUUCAAAGGUCUGGGAAUUGGUCCAGUUCAAUCUCUAAAAUCAUUCACCGAUUUCGGUCUUAAACUUGAUCCAGCUGGUUUCAGGACCAACCUGGCCGGUGUUCAUGUUUAUUGUGAGCUAUAUGUGCAUGCUUGGGGAAACCAGUUGCCAUGUCUUGAAUGUUUAUCUCUGUAUCAGUUCUCAUGUUUACUUGCAUGGUCUGAAUAUUUCAUGAUUUUAAUCUGAACUAGGUUAUUUGCUGUUUCAAUUUUCAGGAUCCAUUGUCAUAUCAUAAUGAAUUUGUGACAAAGCUAUACUCCUGCAAUGUUAAUUGCAACAAGAAUUUCAUUGCAUAUUUUGAAGCAAAAGUAAAGGAAGAGAUCAAAGUGGUAGAAAUUGUAACUGCUGCUUGAUUGAAGUGAAGAAAACAUUAUAUGUUUAAGGAACUAAUUAGGGGUAAAUUUUUUCACACCACAGAAAUAAAUAAUAAUUUUUUUAAAAAUUAUUAAAAAGUUAAUAAACAUGAUAAAGUUAUUUCAAUGGGACUGAUAAACAUGUCAAAUAAUGGAAUUUAAGAUUUAGUUAACAAAAAUUAAAUAAGAUUUUAACAAUUUACAAAUUUAGCUAAUUGCCAUUAAAAUUUAAACAUUUAGAUUAAAUCGUAAAAAUACGAAUUAAGGCAUGUAAUUGAUGAAAGACUACAAUAUAAGUGAAUGUAAAUGAGGCUCAAGCGAUUCGUUUGGGUAUCUCCUGUGCCUUUGUUCAGAAAAAGGUGACUUUGCUGUCAUACUUGGCAAAUUCUGUUCGUUUCUUGAAACGGUGAGCUUUGAUUUUCGCUUUUAUGUACUGUUUAUUUUAUUCUUUUCCUUAAGCUUUUGUCUUCGGUUAUUCUUUCCCAUCUCCAUUGCUAUGCUCCAUAUAUUUCUUAACCUUGGAAGGUAAACUAAACUUGAUUGUUUUUGCCUUGCAUUAUCAGAUGGCUGAAGAGUCUAACUCUUUCGAGUAUACACCCACAUGGGUAGUUGCUGUUGUCUGCUUUGUCAUCGUUCUCAUGUCUCUUUUUGCUGAACGUGGUCUUCAUAAACUUGGAAAGUGGUUGAAGAAAAAGAAUCAAGAUGCAUUAUUUGAAGCCUUACAAAAAUUAAAAGAAGAAUUGAUGCUUUUAGGAUUCAUCUCUCUUCUACUAACUGUCACUCAAGGUGCAAUAAGCCGCUUUUGCAUUCCACCUCAUCUUGCAAUUAUCAUGCUCCCAUGUAAGAGAAAAACUAAAGGCAGCAGUGAAGAAAUUCAUCAUGUUAUAAACAAUCGACGACGGCUGUUGUCUGCAAGUAAUAGUGCAGCUCAUUGUGUUCAAAAGGGAAAGGUUCAAUUGUUUUCAGUGGAAGCAUUGCACCAGCUGCAUAUUUUCAUCUUUGUUUUGGCAGUUGUGCAUGUUAUUUUCUGUGCCACCACAAUGGUUCUUGGUGGAGCAAGGAUAAGGCAAUGGAAGGCUUGGGAAGAUUCAAUUAGACCUGCAUCAGAAUCAGGAGGUCAAACUAAGACUGCACAUGAACACCAUCAUCACUUGCAAAAGUUUCUUAAAAAACACACAAAAGGACAUUGGAGAAAGGCAUUUGUCAUAAGCUGGUUGAUAUCAUUCUUCAAACAUUUUACUGGUUCUAUUACCAAGUCAGAUUACAUCGCCCUUAGACAAGGAUUCAUCAAGGCACAUUUUGAUCAUAUGGCUCAGUUCAAUUUUCACGAAUACAUAUUACGAAAUCUUGAGAUUGAUUUCAAGCAAAUUGUUGGUAUAAGCUGGUACCUGUGGCUCUUUGUGGUGAUCUUUCUGCUGCUGAAUGUAGAAGGCUGGCACACAUACUUUUGGUUAGCCUUUUUGCCUUUAAUUCUUCUGCUGCUAGUAGGUGCUAAGCUAGAACAUAUUAUUGCCCUUAUGGCUCAAGAAGCCAAUGAGCAGACACACAAGGAAGUGAAGCCUUCUGAUGAUCACUUUUGGUUUGGGAAGCCUGUCAUUAUUCUUCACUUGAUUCACUUCAUCCUCUUUCAAAACUCUUUUGAGAUUGCUUUCUUCUUCUGGAUGUGGUGCACAUAUGGGUUUGAAUCAUGCAUCAUGGAAAAAGUAGGCUACAUUGUGCCAAGACUUAUUAUGGGGUAA